GAGUAGCUAGGCAUUGGAUGAAAAGGUUAGCUGAAGUGGUAAACUUUGGUUUUAUUAGUCAAACAUAUUAGAUGAGCAAACAUUGCCAAAACUUAUGACAUUUGGUAUUCAACAACUAAGUUAGGUUUAACCUCCCACCCUCCAGACUUAACUUUCUUUCUUUCUCUUUUCACGUCAAGAUAUCAUAAAUAUCUCUUCUUGCAUUUCAUUUCCUGCACCAACAUAAGCUUCAACCAUGGCAGAUUUUGCGCAACAGAACUGUCUCGAUGACGACUCUAUUGUACUAUUUUCGACAUCGUCCAGUUCACCAGAAGGUUCAACAACCCAUUCAUCCUCUUCAUUCCAUCAUUCACCAGAAUCACCACUUCCCUCUAGUCAAUUGCAAACAGCAUUCAAACUCUCUGUAAGAAACCUCUCAUAUACAAUUCAUCAAAGGGAGUCCAUGUUUGCUACAUCUUACCCUCCCAUGCAGAAACUUAAGCCCAAGAAAAUACUCAAAUCUAUUUCUUUCGUUGCCAGGAGUUUUGAAAUUCUCGCCGUAGUUGGUCCAAGUGGUGCAGGAAAAUCUACACUUCUCCGCAUCAUCUCCGGUCGGAUAAGAAAGAAAGACUUUGAUCCAAGAAGUUUCUCUUUAAAUGAUAAUCCCAUAGGUAGCAUUACUCAGUUGAAGAAAAUAUGUGGGUAUGUAGCACAAGAUGAUAACCUUCUUCCUUUGCUCACUGUCAAAGAAACUAUGAUGUUCAGUGCGAGCUUUCGGCUUGUCGGAAGGAGCUGUAAAGAAAAAGAAGAAAGGGUUGAAAACUUAAUGCAAGAGCUGAAUCUUCUGCAUGUCCAGAAUAGUUUUGUUGGAGACGAAGAAACGAGAGGCAUAUCGGGCGGAGAACGAAAAAGAGUUUCUAUAGGAAUUGAUGUGAUCCACGACCCACCUAUUCUCCUUCUUGAUGAACCCACUUCAGGAUUAGAUAGCAGAUCAGCAUUUCAAGUAAUUGAAUUACUUUCAUCCAUGGCAAAAACAAAGCACAGAACUAUAGUUUUAACUAUCCACCAGCCUAGUUACCGGAUUCUGCAAUACGUCUCUAGUUUCUUACUUCUUUCUCGUGGCUGUGUUGUUCACAAUGGACGCCUUGACUUACUUGAAGAUAGGAUAAGUAGCAUGGGAUACAAAAUCCCCCCGCAAUUGAACUCGUUGGAAUUUGCUAUGGAGAUUCUAAAACCAUUAGAAGAAUCCAACACCAGAACCUUAUCUUACCUGUUGGGAAUAGAAGAAAAAGAAAUAUCAACUUACUCUAUAUGGCCAGGAGAAGAAGCUGAAGUUCUACAGUAUGCAGAACAAGAAGAAAGUGCAACUAGUUACUGUUGGGGACUCUUUGAGAUAAUGUAUCUUUGUCUAAGAUUUUGGAAAAUUAUUUACAGAACAAAACAGCUUUUUUUAGCAAGAACAUUGCAAGCGCUUGUCGGUGGAUUAGGCCUAGGAAGUGUGUUCUUACAGUUGAAGACGGAUCAAAAUGGAGUCGCAGAAAGGUUGGGUUUGUUUGCUUUCACUCUCAGUUUCUUACUUUCUUCAACAGUCGAAGCACUUCCGAUAUACCUUCAGGAGAGACAUGUUUUGAUGAAAGAAGUCUCAAGAGGAGCUUACAAAGUGUCCUCUUAUAUGAUUGCAAACACAAUAAUCUUUAUGCCCUUUUUGCUUGCAGUUUCUAUUCUUUUCUCGGUCCCCGUCUACUGGCUUGUCGGGUUGAAUCCUUCCUUCAGUGCUUUCACAUUCUUCGUAUUCAUAGUCUGGCUAAUUGUGAUGAUGGCUAGUUCACUAGUUCUCUUCCUAAGUGCAGUUUCCCCUGAUUUCAUAUCCGGGAAUUCGCUCAUUUGCAUGGUUUUGGGAGCUUUUUUCCUCUUCUCUGGUUACUUCAUACCUAAAGAUAGCAUCCCAAAGUAUUGGAUCUUCAUGUACUAUCUUUCUCUGUACAAGUAUCCCUUGGAUUCACUACUCAUCAAUGAAUACUGGAGUGUGAGAGACAAGUGUUUCGCUUGGGAGUCUGAAGAUCAUUCACAUUGCUUGCUUAAAGGUAUAGAUGUUCUAAAGAAUAGAGGCCUAGAACAAGACAUUAGGUGGGUGAAUGUAGGGAUCAUGCUUGGUUUCUUUGUGUUUUAUCGAGUUCUUGCUUGGGCUAUUCUUGCUCGAAGGGCUUCAAGAACUAUGCUAUAACACUGAUGUAACUAGAAUCUGGUCCUGACAAUUGUAUCUAUAUAUGUGCAGUUGGCAUACAUUCAUUUUUCUAAUUAACAGAAGCCAAGAGGUAAAGAUGGUAGCAAUAUAACAAAAAAGAUUAGAAUUUAGAAUCAGGUCUUGACAAUUAUAUCCAGGUUUUUUUCAUACUAUUAUUCAUGAAUAGACAAAUCAACAGAACUUUCUGCAACCGUAACUGAAUUCAAUUGAAAUUCUUGAAUUACUAUAUGGU